CGCCUCUACGUACAGCCGUCACGGUGCAGACAGAGGUUGGAAACAUGGCGGCGGACGGGAUGGUGCUCACCAACCACGACCAUACGACCCGUGUGGGCAUCCUGACGGUCAGUGACAGCUGCUUCAAGAACCUGGCAGAGGACAGGAGUGGAGUCAACCUGAAGGACCUGGUCCACGAUCCCUCACUGCUGGGAGGAGUCAUUGCAGCCUACAAAAUAGUUCCGGAUGAGAUCGAUGAAAUCAAGGAAACUCUUUUGGAGUGGUGUGAUGAACAGGAGCUGAAUCUCAUUCUGACCACUGGAGGAACAGGUUUUGCACCUCGAGACGUUACACCAGAGGCAACCAGGGAGGUGAUUGAGCGAGAGGCCCCAGGGAUGGCUCUGGCCAUGCUGAUGGGAUCCCUCAACGUUACUCCUCUAGGCAUGCUGUCCAGGCCCGUCUGCGGUAUUCGUGGUAAAACUCUGAUCAUCAACCUACCAGGCAGCAAGAAAGGCUCACAGGAGUGUUUCCAGUUCAUCCUGCCCGCUCUGCCUCACGCCGUGGACUUGCUGCGUGAAGCCACCGUCCAGAUUAAAUCCACGCACGCCGCCCUGGAGCAGCUGCCCUCGCCGUCCUCGCUGAUGACCAACACGCACGGCAACGCCCACGCCAACACACACACCAUGGAGCGUGGCACCCAGUGUGAGGAAGAGGACGAAGAGGAGGAGGACAUGAGGAGAGGGCGGCACAACCACCACCAUCACCACCACCAUCACCAGCACGGCUCGUCCCACAUCACUGCCGCCGCUAUCGCUGCCAAGACAAGCCAUGCAGUGGUCAUGGCUAAAGGAACCCCCUACCUGCCCGGAAACACACCUGCCCCUCCCGCUCAUUUCACCUGUUCCCAUGACCACCAGAUCCCGGACUCGAUCAUUUCUCGAGGCGUUCAGGUGCUUCCUCGAGAUUCGGCCUCUUUAAGCUCCACCCCCUCCGAGUCACCGCGGGCAACACAAGCGACGUCCCGCCUUUCCACCGCCUCAUGCCCGACACCCAAGGUCCAGUCCCGAUGUGGCAGCAACGAGAACAUCCUGAGAGCCAGCCACAGCGCCGUCGACAUCAGCAAAGUUGCGCGUCGCCAUCGCAUGUCGCCGUUCCCGCUGACGUCUAUGGACAAAGCCUUCAUCACGGUUCUGGAGAUGACACCGAUUCUGGGAAUUGAAGUCAUCAACUACAGAGAUGGUUUGGGCCGGGUGCUCGCUCAGGACAUCUACGCCAAAGACAACCUCCCUCCGUUCCCCGCCUCGGUUAAGGACGGCUACGCGGUCCGAGCUGCUGAUGGACCUGGAGAUCGCUUCAUCAUGGGGGAGUCCCAGGCCGGACAGCAGCCCACCCACACAGUGAUGCCAGGUCAGGUGAUGAGGGUCACCACCGGCGCUCCCAUCCCCUGUGGAGCCGACGCCGUGGUCCAGGUGGAGGACACGGAGCUGCUGAGGGAAUCGGAGGACGGUACAGAGGAGCUGGAGGUGAGGAUUAUGGUCCAGGCCCGGCCCGGACAGGACAUCAGGCCCAUCGGCCACGACAUCAGGCGGGGGGAGUGUGUCCUGGCUAAAGGGACACACAUGGGCCCCUCAGAGAUUGGCCUGCUGGCCACAGUGGGAGUCACCGAGGUCAGUGUGCACAAGUUCCCGGUGGUGGCCGUCAUGUCUACUGGAAACGAGCUGCUGAAUCCAGAGGAUGAUCUCCACCCGGGAAAGAUUCGGGACUCCAACCGCUCCACCCUGUUGGCCACCAUCCAGGAGCACGGAUACCCGACCAUCAACCUGGGCAUUGUUGGAGACAACCCGGAUGACCUGCUGUCAGCGCUGCACGAGGGAAUCAGCCGUGCUGAUGUCAUCAUCACCUCGGGGGGCGUGUCCAUGGGGGAGAAGGACUACCUAAAGCAGGUGCUGGAUAUCGAUCUUCAUGCUCAGAUCCACUUUGGACGAGUAUUCAUGAAACCAGGUCUUCCCACUACCUUUGCUACCGUCGACAUCGAUGGAACGCGGAAACUCAUCUUCGCUCUGCCAGGUAAUCCGGUGUCUGCGGUCGUCACAUGCAACCUGUUUGUGAUUCCUGCUCUGAGGAAGAUGCAAGGCAUUCUGGAUCCCAGACCUACAAUUAUUAAAGCAAGGCUGUCCUGUGACGUGAAGCUCGACCCGAGACCCGAGUACCAUCGCUGUAUCCUGACCUGGCACCACCAGGAGCCGCUGCCCUGGGCCCAAAGCACAGGAAACCAGGUGUCCAGCCGCCUCAUGUCGAUGCGGAGCGCCAACGGCCUGCUCAUGUUGCCCCCCAAGACCGAGCAGUACGUGGAGCUGCACAAGGGCGAGGUGGUGGACGUGAUGGUGAUUGGCCGGCUAUGAUCCAGACCUUCACGUCACUUGCUACCGAUCACCGUGGCAUCGCCAGGAGACUUCUUACCUGGACAGGAAACGGGGUGGGGCUGGUGGGGGCAGGAAGUGAUGCAUGUCUAUCUGGUGGCCAUUAGCUGUGAUGUCAUAUGCAACAGCCAAUCGGAGCCAGUGCAGGCUGAAUCCUCGUUGAGGAGAUCACUGUACUUCAACAGAGAAAAAAAAUGUGAAAAAAUAUAUAAAAGAAGAUUUAUUCUGUAAUAUUAUUAUCCUAAUAAUAAUAAUAAUUAAUAUUCUUAAUUAAUAUUCUAUUAUUAUUACCAUGGUUCUGGUUGAAUAUUCUCAUCUUAGUAGUCUUCAUCCCCUCUCCUCUCCUGUUCAUUUGCUUUGUGCGUUUUACCCUGGUAGGUAAAAAGUAGAGACUUCCUUCUCCUCUUCCUCAUGCUCUCCUUUUUCUUCUUCUUCGUUUUCUACUCCUACCCUCUGCGCUGCUUCGCUCCGGCUCCUUUAUCAGAUAUAAAGCAUUCAAACCGAUAAUGAUGAGUGGAAACGCUCCACUUCCUGCUGGAGCGGCCGUAGCUGUUGGAGUUUUGCCAAGAAAUAAAAAACACAAAGAUCUUCUGUGCACCUUUGUUGCAGGUCUCAGCUCUGGAUUUUCCACCUUGCAACCAAACAGAAACACUAAAACAGUGGAAGCCAUUAAGCAGAACAGAAAGACUCAUGAACCGGGUCCGGGUCGGGACCAGAGGAGCCGCUGCUGACGAGUCCGUGUUUGUUGCACUACAGAGGAUUUAAUAAAAGCCAAAUAUCACUAGAACUUUAUGUAGCGCCACAAAACCUUACACGGUAAUAAAACCAGAAAAAACAUAAAUGAGGAAAUAUUAUGAGGAGCAAUAAAAUAACCUAAAAAAUACAAUACAUUGUUAUUUUAUUAUUUUCUCUCAAUUUGUAUUUUUUUUAAAUAGAUUGUCUGUAAUUAUAAUGUUAUUAGAUUUACCACAUCCCCUGCUGCUCCUGCUGUUACUAUAAAACAUACAAAUUCUAUUAAAAACAAGGAAAGCUAUAGUAUAAAAGUAUAGAGAAGAAUAUAAAUCACGACUGUUUAAAUUUUGUUGCAGGACUCGAUUAAUCCCUGCUUCGUUUGCUGAUCUUUAGAUAAUUUUCAGAGAUUUCAGUCCUUUUUGUGGCACUUCAAACCCUCUGUACUGACCUGGCAGCAGUUUAGCCAGUUGGCAGCUUCCAAACAUUGAAUGAAUCUCAGAAAGUGUUUUUCUUUGCAUUGUGACGUCUUACGCUUCACAUCCCAGCUCACAGAAAAUAAAACAACAACAGAGAGCUGGCAGUCUGCUCAUCCUGUUCAGGUGCUGGGAAACUACACUGUGUGUAUCCUGCCUUAAGGUGCUUCUUAAAGAAAACAAUAUUCAUAACCUUUAUAAGACAUGAACAAACACUGUUGUCAUCUGAAAACUGAAAUUUGAUUUUAUUACGAUAAAAUUUCUGACACUUCAGGUAUUCUAUACUUCCUUAAACUUAACUUGGUGAGACAAACUAAUAAUAUCCAAAACGUCAAGCAAAGAUAACUUUGGACAAUAACUCCUUAUUUAUAUAGACGAAAGUUAAUUAGUUAACUUAGUUAAUUUACAUUAAUAGAAAUUUAAAAAAUAAUUAUGUCCAAAACUGUUAACUGUGUUUUGGAAAGACAAAUGCAUACUGUUAAAGGAUUUUAGAAAAUGAAUGAGAAACUUUAAACAUAUUUAUUUAGUUAUUCGUUUUUCUGAAUAUUGUUUUUAUUCAAUGGAAAUGUCAGUUUUCUUAAUGUGGCAUUUCAGGUGUUCCAUACAGCUGUGUGUUUGGACCAUUUAUUAUUGAUGGACUAAGACCAUUUUCAGAUUAGAUAAAGAUUAACACGAGUCAUCUGAAGCUUGAGAAUCCCCAACCUUCAAGCCUCCUCUUCCUCUGACUCUUCCUCUUAGUGGCGCUGCGUUUAUCUCCAGGCGGCGCUCUCACAGCCCUAAAACACGCCGUCACCACUCAACUGAGUGCAUUCUUCUUCUAAAUUCAGUUAUUUCCAAACGUUUUGUUCUUAGUUUGUGGAAACAUUGUGAUAAUUUCUUGGUAUCUUUGCCCUGCAGAGUUAAAGAGGCAGUCUGUGUGACCCCCCCCCCCCCCCUCCCCUUACACAUCGUCCCUCCCCCUCAACAAACCCCUAAAGAGAGGCGUGUCCUUCUCCAUGGGCAGGUGUGAUUCCCGGCUAGGUGCAGCACCUGGGCAGCAAAAUAUCCAAGAGGGAUCCCCAUCAUUCCUUUACCUGAAUGAUUCAGAAAGUUCCCAGUUACCUCAAAUGCACCACAGAGAGCAGAUUUCAGCUGCUCAUGCUGCGUUUGUGUCACAGCAGACUGAAGAACGACUCAUUCAUUCUGUGAACGAUAUUUAAAUUAAAUAUCAAUAAAAACGAAACAUUUUCACUUUAGUUUUCCCACAUUGGGCAGCUCAUGGGUGUGGAAAUUCCAUUGUGACUUGAACGCAGCAUCAGAGCAGGUCCUGGCACCUGCCCAGAGAGGACCAAUCCGAUUCCUUGGAGUAAGAAGAAGAAGAAGAAGCAGGUUAUUGUGAAACUGCCUUUGUACUGAGUGAUUCGUAACACUGGACUGAACUCAGUGUCACACCGCACACACUAUAAACUAUGACCAGCACUUGUAAUGAAGCAAUGACACAGCAUUCUACUACUACUGUAUAAAUACAACCAACAGGAUGUUUUUCUGUAAUAUUAUUGAAACUGAAGAUGAAUUAAAGAUAAUCCUGAUUAUUCUCUA